AGUGUCAAGUCCAUCCAUUUAUCCAUUAUCAUAAAAUAAAAUUCUGACUAUUUUCUUGUUCUUGUCUUGUCAAGUGUCAAUAAGCUGACAAGGUCGAUAGUCAUUGUUCUUUGUUUUGUUUUGUUCCUGGUUAUUUACGUCGUCUGUUUUAAAAACAUUUUGAAGAUAGAUAAUUCGAAUGGCUACUGAAACUUUAAAUAAUGGAAUUGAACCUCCGAUUCUUGCAGAAGCAAAUGGAAGUUUUAAGGAACCUCUUGCAAUAAUAAGAGAAAAUUCUUGUUUAAAAGGUGACAAUAAACAAAUGAAUAGCGAAAUCAACACAUACAUACAAAAUUGGAUUUCAAAUGCAAGGAAAGAAUAUGAAAAGAGAUUGCCGUCACAUAGGAGUCGAGAUUCUCGCAACUUGGUGAAAUUUGAAGUUGUUUCCGGACGAAUAUUAGAUGUGGAUGUGGAUAGGAAACACGUGGCUUACACAAUUGUUGUAACGAAUGACAGUAAAGAGCUUGAUCGCAACCCGAAUGUGAUUGAAAGACGUUACACAGACUUCCUAGAUCUCUAUUCAAAACUACGUCACACUUUCCCGCAUCACUUCACCUCAUUUAAUUUCCCCAAGAAGCUCUUCAUUCGGAACUUUGCACCAGAAUCAAUAACAACACGACGUCUGGCAUUCGAAGAACUUCUGAACCUCAUAGACCAACAGCAGGCUCUCAAGGAAUCUGGCCAUUUCAUAUCAUUUCUGCAGAACAGAGAACUUUUGGAAGCAAAAGUAUGGAUUGAGUCCAAUAGAUUUGAUCAGGCUAUCCCUCUGGUGGAGAAUACUUUUCGAUUGCUGAACAAGGUGCAUACGGACAGACAUCCAGCUGUGCUCUCUUGUUUGUGUCUGUUGGUGGCCUGCUGUGACGCCUACAAUUACUACUGUGCAACAUAUUUUGCUGAACUAGCACUUCACAGAUAUGAAGCAGUGAGUGAUGCUGAUCUACUGCAAUUCUAUGUGCCACUGUUGUAUGUAUGCUUGCAACGCUACCAGGACUCGGCGGCGAAAGUGUACGUCGAGGAGAGACUGAUCAGCAUGAAGCGAAGAGGCAUCAACGUGGCUGGCCAUCCCUCCCUACUUGACAUAGUCAUGACCGCCAUAUUUGGCUCCUCCCCCAACAAAUAGAUCUUCAACCUACCGGUACUUGAUCUCUUUCAGGCUGAUUAAUCUACGACCAAGAGUAACCAGAGUACUCAACUAGAGAAUAUUAUUUUUAUAUGAGGUUGUUUUUGUUGUACAAUUCAUAGAUUUUAUUAUAACUUAUAUUGACAUCACAAAUCCAGUUGUUACAAAAUAGAGACAAGUUGUUAUUUUUGUAGAUAGAUACAGUAUUUUUAUUUCCAUGAAAUUUCUCUGUUGAGAAACUAGGACUUAUUGACGUUUCUCCAACUCGAUUGUUUUGAAAACAAUUUGAUUAUUUAUAGCACAUUGGUAAUUAAGCUGAGACUAAAUAUAGAGGGUAAGGUAAUAGAAGGUAUAAUAAUUUCACUUUCCUAUAGUUAGUUACCUUGAAAAGAGAUGACUCCUGCACUGAAUACAGGACGCAAAUAAUUACUUUUUCGCACUAGUCGCAACAUAACUACACAAAAUAGUAUAAAGGGUAUAAAUAUAGAGGUUCAGUGCGUGAAAACUGAAAUAAUUUGGCAACAUUGACUGUGGUUGGAUAAGAAUCAAUGGCUACAUUUCCAUACAAUAAGUAAAUGGUCCAGGGACUUACAUCACCAGCAAUGGCAGGGUCACCCUGGUCAAGCACUUGGCAAAAGGCUGCUGGCAGACGCAAGCCCUCGCUUCUCCAGCUGGCUGGUGAGUCUGGGUAGAGGUCAGGUCAAGCAGGUGAUUGCCCUGAUAACUGGACACGGCCACUUCAGGAAACAUCUCCACACGGACUCAGAAAUGAAAGCCAGAUGUGUAGGCUUUGUAAUCAGUCUGAAGAGACUGCUAAGCAUAUCAUACUGGAUUGCGAAAGACUUGAGGCUAGAAGAAGGGCUCUGUUAGGCUGCAAGCAACCAGGUGAGGAAUGGGAUGUUAGUAUAGGGAAAAAACUCCUGGACCUUGUAAAGAACACAGGAGUUGGUUUGCCUAACUAACAUACUUGGGACACACAAUAAGCUUCGGUUGACGUGUGAGGUUCUUUGAACCUUUGGAUCUUUAAAUCUUUCCAUUCAAAAACAUGAACAUAAUGGCUACAUAUGAUAAAACCCCAACCAAGUAAUCCAUAAUCAGAACUUUAUGCUAAGUUUUGAUUUAAUUGAGUUUGAGAUAGUUUUUAAAUAUCACCUCUAUGGCCAUUUACAUAAACUUCUGAAUUUGUGGAAUGAUUGCAAUCUUCAUCAUCAGCAAAAAACUUUAAAAAUUCACAAACAUUUGAUGAAUUAUAUGAUAUUUUCACACCUAAUUAGUCACUUUUCACAUUCAAUGGUAACUGUAGAAAAUGUAAUGAGUAAUAACUUACGUGCACAAAGUUCUUUUGCUGCACUCAAGAAACUAUUCAAGCCGUAGGCGAGUAAACGUUUUUUGGUGUAGCAAAGUGUCACUUUGCGCACUAGUUACACAAAUAACUAUUUCAUGACUGUUGAGUUUUAUUUUAUAAAUAUAUUCACAAACAUUAGUGAUUUCUGUUGUGAUAAAAUUAAGAAAUAUUAUUUUAAUCAUCCGUUUAGAUUUCUGUAACACUGGACAAUAUAGCUUUAAUUUUAGACAACCCUCAUUUAUUGGCAUUACGUUCUCCAAAUAUUUUGGUCAAAUUUGUAUUGAAAGAGUUUUAGAUUGCAUCAUCCGCAAUAUAAAUAUAUAAAAAAUAAGAUUGUUAAAGAUGUUGGGCUAUCGAGAACUGUGUCACGUCCUAUGAUUCUACUUAUCAUUUUUAUUGUUCCACUUCAACCUAAAAUCAAAACUACUUAUUAGCUAAGAGUAGAUAACAACUUUCAUAAAGUAAAUCAAUAUCUUUUUUGAAAUGAUUAUUAUUUCACAGAAUGUAUUACAUCAAAUUUACUAAUUUAUUUGAAUCUAUCUAGAUACUUUUCAAGUAAUAUGAUCUCAUUUCAAAUAAGAAAAAUUAUGGUCUAAAUGGGAAAAUGUGAGAAUUUGAUUGAACAAUAUAGCAUCUGAUUAUUAGAAAUAUAAUCUGAUUGAAAAAUGCAAUUCAAAAUAUUGUAUAAAACCAUAAUAUGGUUUAUGUCAGAUCAUGUUUAGUUAAAAACUGACACUUGGCAACCUACAAGAAUGUUCAUUCAGUAUAAGGGUGCUGUUCAUAAAUAAACGUUAAGUUGAAGAAUUGUUGAACGCCUAGGAAACCACCAAUUAUCAUUCAAUGAAAAUACACAUAAUAUGAUAAUGAUCAUAUCAAAUAUAUUAUUAUUUAAAACGUUCACCUUAACAAAGCUCAUGUAAAAAUCAACCAUUAAUAGUAUUAGCAAGAAAUUUUUUUACUUAUCAAUAUAAUUCAAACAACUUCUCUUCAUACCACCACUUAACAAAUUGAAAACUCAAUGUUAAUGUUCUUGGCAUUAUAAGUUUAUUGUAUUUGUAGUAAUUAGUAAUUGUGCUGAUAUCCGGUUCUAGUUUAACCUAAAAUCAAAACUACUUAUUAGCUAAGAGUAGAUAACAACUAUCAUAAAGUAAAUCAAUAUCUUUUUUGAAAUGAUUAUUAUUUCACAGAAUGUAUUACAUCAAAUUUACUAAUUUAUUUGAAUCUAUCUAGAUACUUUUCAAGUAAUAUGAUCUCAUUUCAAAUAAGAAAAAUUAUGGUCUAAAUGGGAAAAUGUGAGAAUUUGAUUGAACAAUAUAGCAUCUGAUUAUUAGAAAUAUAAUCUGAUUGAAAAAUGUAAUUCAAAAUAUUGUAUAAAACCAUAAUAUGGUUCAUGUCAGAUCAUGUUUAGUUAAAAACUGACACUUGGCAACCUACAAGAAUGUUCAUUCAGUAUAAGGGUGCUGUUCAUAAAUAAACGUUAAGUUGAAGAAUUGUUAAACGCCUAGGAAACCACCAAUUAUCAUUCAAUGAAAAUACACAUAAUAUAAUAAUGAUCAUAUCAAAUAUAUUAUUAUUUAAAACGUUCACCUUAACAAAGCUCAUGUAAAAAUCAACCAUUAAUAGUAUUAGCAAGAAAUUUUUUUACUUAUCAAUAUAAUUCAAACAACUUCUCUUCAUACCACCACUUAACAAAUUGAAAACUCAAUGUUAAUGUUCUUGGCAUUAUAAGUUUAUUGUAUUUGUAGUAAUUAGUAAUUGUGCUGAUAUCCGGUUCUAGUUUACUGAAGUAGUCUUCAAAACGUGUAGUUAUUCUUCUGAAAAUUCUAGUUAGAUACCAUAUUCAUAUAUUAUUGUAAAGUAUUUUUCCAUACAGGUAGCCUUUAGUGAAUAAAUGAAAUGAACUUUACAUACUAUUUUUAGAGUGCCAAUUAGAUAUUACUCUAGAAUUAUUUAGAUUAUUUAAAGUAGUAUGUAUACUUUGUGCAAAAGGUAUAGACAAAUUUAAUCUAUCCGAUUGAACCAAGAGAAAAAAAUUGUUGCUAGAUCACAAUCUGUGAACUUUCAGUUAAUAAUAAUUUGUUAACUUUCAAUUUAAUAUCAAACGUAUAGUAUGUAUCCUGCUCUAUCAUCAAUGUCAUGCAAAAUAAUAGAAAAAUUAUGAAGUAAUUUUUAUUCAAAUAUAACUAUUACCGUAUUGAAUAAUGCCAGUAAAGCAAAUAGGUUAAAAGUAAUAAACAAUUAUUGUUUCACUGGGAUGAAAAUGAAAAUAAAAGCCGUUGUCUUCAAAAGAAUUUAAAAUAGGUAUAAUUUAAUGUGUUAAUUUUCAUCUAAUAGUUCUUUUCCAGUUGAGAGAAUUUCGUGGAUGAAGCCAAUUUGAAAUUGAUAGAUUAAAAAUUGCAUUUUAACUGAUGAUUGCUAUUCAGAACAUGGUUGUACCACUCACAAAUUAUAUGUUUCAAGUAGGCUAGGACAAUUAUUAAUAUUAUAUUGUAUAAUCUUGUGAUUCUUGUGUUAUCUUUGUGAUUCAUAUGAGUUGUCAUUUCUCAUUAGGACUACGUGAAUACAUGAAUGUAAAGUAUCAAGGUAAUCUACUGCAGCAUCAAGUAUUAAAAUAGAUUUUUAAUUUCUCAUAA